AGACCCAACAGAACUUCAAGGAAUCAGUGCACUUUCUAUCUAAUGCCGGUGGUGAAAACGAAAGUGUUCGGGACGUCGCAAAGGCGAUGAAUGACCCAGCAGUAGCCCCGGCCUUCGUUCAUGAAAAACCAGCUGAUGCGAUAGGCAAGCAUGUUGACACCAAUUAUUUGAUUGCUAAUGAAAUACAAUAGAUGCCCAAAGGAAAAAAGAGACGAAUGUUUCAGAGGCCUCUCACGGCUGGGAAAAUACAGGAGAAGCCAGCAAAAAGACCGCUGCAGUGAUUAAAGAUAUGGGCGUUCCACUUCGAUCACGAGAAGUGGUCGAAAAACAAGACAUUCUGCAGUCUAACAGUUGUCAAUAUGUAACCAAAAUACUUCAGAUGAAAAGGCACCACGUGGUCUCAGAACUAGAAGCCUGGAUGAGGAGUACACGAAAAGACAUGAAAAGGAGCAGCAUGGUCUCAAAGCAAGAAGCUUGGACGAGAACAUAAAGCAAUACGCUACUGCAAUCAGGGACGACAGCAGGGAUAGUGUCAUUCCGGAAGUACACAAAACCAAUAUUGCAAACACUCACGAGUCGCUGCAGGAAAAUCGUAUGGCACCGGAACAAGAUGAAGUUGCAAGCAUGGACUUCUCCGACGAAGACGAUCGUUCUCUAGAAGACAUGAAAGCGCAUGAGGUCGUCGUUUCUGUGGACGUGCAUGAAGUACCAAUACUUCAUAACUGGGACGACAUAGAAUGUACUGAAGCUGCGAAGGAAAUGCACGUGGGAAAACCUUCUUAAACUAGUCGUUCUGUAGUAACUACUACAGAGGUAGCCAGCAGAGAAGACAAAAUGGCACUGAAGAAACAAAUCCUACUCAGCAGAAUGUAGAAGUUCAAGGGCAAAAAGCUGAAUUUGGUGCCAACGACCCCUAGUGCGAUGGCCACUCCAGACCAAGUUAAGAAUUCGAAUGCUGAAGGCUUAUCUGAUCAACUACAGCGGACCAUUGGAGCUAUAAAAACGGCAGUGAUGGUGCACGAUGAAACGAAUUCGGAAGCUCUGGAAUGCAGUGAAGACCUUCUGCAAAGUGUGGCCACAGAGGCAGACUUUCCUAGUGACAUUUAUGAGAACGCUGAUGAUGACACUGACGGUGGCAUUGGUGACACCAACGGUGAACAACCAGCAACGGGCCUACGAGCAGUGUACGGAUGAUGUUUUGAUAACGCACAAAGAUCUGCGAGUAUCCACUGAAAAGCACGAUUGCCUUGACCAAGUGGAUGCAUCGAAGGAAGUUAAACAGCGUGGUGAGGACACAGAAGAACAGCACAAGAGUUCGUCCUACUGACACUUGUCGAAGGCAUGAAUAGUGCCCGACCACAUUCGAAGCCCAUCUAACAAGUCAAGCACCGAAAGUGAAUCAGUGUCACAAGAACAAGACAUCGUGUCAAACGGUGGUUUGAAAUAUGCCGUACAAGAUUUUACUAGGUUGAUUUCGUCAGACUGGUAACGACAUUCAGACCUCCAAGAAGAAAGGGAGAUGAGAAGAGUAGAAUUCACGAUGCAGCCGAUGAUAACGUUGAUGCCAAAGCUGCCGAAGCUGAAGGGGGUGAAAAAAAUGGGGAGCAUAAGGCAGCCGAUGACAAAGAAGACCGCAAGGCCGACAAGGACGAUCAAGAGGACAGCCUGAAGACGGAUUCUAGCGAGAGCUUCGACCUUUCAGCUGCGGGCGCAGGAGACAUUGAUAGCGGCUCAGGAAAGGUAAAAGAGAAUACAACCCACAAUGUCACUGAAGCCGUCGAACAGUCCGAACGAACCGAAGGUGGAGCCACCGGAGACCAAGUCCGAUCAACCAGAAUAUUCCAGAAGACCAUUAGGCGUACCGAAUCCACUCGAACUGUGCGUAAGACACGUUCUUUCUUGCCGUACACGAAGUGGAUCAGGCGUGAGGCUCGCCAACGAGAUCGACAGGAGACGCGGGACGAAGACGAUGCCAUGGAACCCGUAGAAGAGGCGCUCGUAGUGCCUUACCAAUGCUUUCCUGCGAUGUCGAUUCCUCGGAUGGGCCUUUGCCCGAUGCCCGAGUCGUCUCCCAGCAACGUAUGCAGCGUAGCUGUCCAGGCGUUCCCGAGCGUCGUCGAUCAAGGGGUGCAGGUCGAGUUUGACGAGCCCGACUGCAUCACGAGGCUUGUAGAGCUCCAAAUCGCCAUGAACGAGCAAGAGGAGGUCCGUCGUCAAGACAUGAAAGCUGCCUGUGAACUUGUCGAAAAACUAGAAGCGAUGCAGCUUUCUGAGUCACUCAUGAGGACACAGCUCCGUGCCAUGGACGCCGAGCGGCGGGAGCAGAGUGCUCGCGAGGCCCGCCUUCGGGACGAACUGACCGCGUGGCAGGAGACGGUGCAGCAGCAGCAGCUCCUGCUGCAGCAGCUCAAGGAGGACCUGGACGACACCGAGGACACGCUGGCCGCUCAGAGGCAGGAGGCCAACAGGCUGCGGGAGCAGAUGCUCGUUCUCCAGGAAAGCUGCGACAGUAGUCUCCUCAUGGUCGAUGUCCUCGGGAGGGCUGACAAGGAGGUCCAGACACCUGACGGCGGCCAGCAAUCCUUGUCCAGCUCGUCUCCUUACAAGGGAAUCAGGCUGGAAAACUCGUCGCCGAUGUACCUGGACCAGCUGAGCCAGCACCGGCGACUGUCGGCCCUGGUGAGCUCGCAGUUAGAGGCGACCGCCAACAGGAUCGCCCAGCUGCGUAGGGAGGCCGCCGUCAACCGACCCAGGGGCUCGACGAUCGACGACUACGUCCAGGACUUGGCUGUACGCACACCCGAUGACCUCACUCGACGCCCCGAAGCGUCACCGUCUGAAAGCGCUAGCGGAACGUAACGAGCAUUACCCCUUUGGAUACCACACUCUAGAUGUGCGGUCUAUUGGAGAUUCCGUACUGGAAACCUCAUGUACAGCACGCCUAGAUGCAUCGAAUUGAACGAGAGAUAUGGUUAAGUUAGCAUCAUGCUAUACUGUACGUGAUCGGCUUUGUUUUUGUUGUUGUUGUUUUAAUCAUAACCGAAAGUAUGAUCUAGCGAUAAAAAACAAGUGUUUAAACUUGAGGAUGCCAAACAUUAUUCAUGGCCGAUGCCGGUGUCUCAAAGCGGUAAUGUAAUAAUCAGUUAAGGCCUUAAGUGCAAUAGACGCGAUAAAGCGAUUGUUCCGCAUGUUAUAGGAUGACGUUUUGAGAGUAUUUAUACACAAAUCUUAAUGCGCGCGAUAGAUGGCUAAGAAACGGCAAAAUGGUAGCUUCAAAGGGAAGUUAAUGAUAUGGCUAAAUAGUAGACAGUUUGGAAUCGAAGAAUGAGUUUGCAAUUGCGCACAUGUUUGCGUGACUAAGUCUUUGCCUACGCAUUUUCCCAUGUCGUUGGCAAAAAAUGAAGCAGCACUCUUGUGAAAACGAUGCUCCCUUUUACGGUUGCGAUAGCUGCGGCCAAAUUGAGCGUUAAA